AGAAAUAUUCCACCUGCAAAUCCUGGGAGCUGUGGAUGAGGAGACUGGACAGGACAGGAGAGGAGAUGGCCUGGUUUGCCCUCCAGUUCCUGAGCCUUCUCUGGGCUGUGGUUGGGACCAGUUCCAGGACCCAGCGCUCAUGCUCUGUCCCCUUAGCGCAGCAGCCCUUGGUCAAUGACCUACAAGUGCUCAUGGAAAAUUCGGUGACCUCAUCCGCCUUCCCAAACCCCAGCAUACUGAUUGCCAUGAACCUGGCUGGAACCUACAACUUGGAGGCCCGGAAGCUCCUGACUCACCAGCUCAUGUCUGGCGACACCGCUGAGCUAACUACUGGUCAGCUCGCCCUCACCAUUAUGGCCCUCACUUCCUCCUGCAGAGACCCCGGGAAUAAAGUAUCAAUUCUUCAACGACAGAUGGAGAACUGGGCACCUUCCAGCCCCAAUGCCGAAGCAUCUGCCUUCUACGGGCCCAGUCUGGCAAUCUUGGCGCUGUGCCAGAAGAACUCCGAGGCAACGUUACCCAUAGCUGUUCGCUUUGCCAAGACUCUGCUGGUCAAUUCCUCUCCCUUCAACGUGGACACAGGAGCAAUGGCAACCUUGGCUUUGACCUGUAUGUACAACAAGAUCCCCGUAGGUUCAGAGGAAGCUUACAGAGCCCUGUUUGGCCAGGUAUUAAAGGAUAUUGUGGAAAAUAUCAGCAUGAGGAUCAAAGACAAUGGCAUCAUUGGAGACAUCUACAGUACUGGUCUCGCCAUGCAGGCUCUCUCUGCAACACCUGAGCAACCUAACAAGGAGUGGAACUGCAAAAAGACCAUGGACACAAUACUUGAUGAGAUUAAACGGGGGGCAUUCCACAACCCGAUGUCCAUUGCCCAAAUCCUCCCUUCCUUGAAGGACAAGACAUACCUAGAUGUGCCCCUGGUGACUUGUAGUCCUGAUCACGAGGUGUCACCCACUCUACCUAGCCAUCCUAGCUCCACCCCCACCUCCACUUCCAACAUCACAGUGACAUACACCAUAAAUAACCAGCUGAGGGGCGUAGAGCUCCUCUUCAAUGUGACCAUCGAUGUGAGCGUGAAAAGUGGAUCGGUGCUACUUGUUGUCCUGGAAGAAGCACAGCAUAAAAACCCCAUGUUCAAAUUUGAAACCACAAUGACAUCCUGGGGUCUUGUCAUCUCUUCUAUCAACAACAUCGCUGAAAAUAUUAAUCACAAGACAUACUGGCAGUUCCUUAGUGGCAUAACACCUUUGAAUGAAGGGGUUGCUGACUACAUACCCUUCAACCAUGAGCACAUCACUGCCAAUUUUACACAGUACUAAGGAGGAGAUGAGUUCAACUUCUUUUGAAAUCUCCAAAGGAUGAGCAAAAUUUUUUCCACUUCAUUUCAUAUCUGUGCAAAAAAGUGA